AUGAGCGCUGCCAACUCUCCUGCUUCAGCUAUUGCUCCAUCCCCUUCAAAUUCAACAAGUAUCAACGGUACACCAGCUAUAACUCCAAGACCAAAUGGUGCUCAGCCUAUAGCUAAAAUAGUCACAUCUAAGGAAUGGGUAUUACCUCCAAGACCUAAGCCAGGUAGGAAACCAAGUGCUGAUACUCCAGCUACAAAGAGGAAAGCACAAAAUAGAGCCGCUCAAAGAGCUUUUAGAGAAAGAAGAGCAACAAGAGUUUCUGAAUUAGAGGGAAAACUAAGUGAGUUUGAAAAGGAAAGAGAAGUUAAUGAGUUGAACUUGAAGAAUAUAAUAAACAAGCUACAGAUGGAGAAUAAAUAUUUGAUAAAAACUCUAAAUGAUGUUAAAUCUGAAUUUGCAAAUUUCAAACAAUCAGUGCAGCAGCCUCAACAGAUAAACGUGAAUUCAAGUCAUCAUUCAUCACCAGCUGUUUAUUCAAAUGGAACAGUAAAUGCUCCAUCACCUUUAGCUUAUUUCAAACCUUCAAAUUCAAAUACGCCAAAUGAAUACAGACCAACUCCUCAGCAGUAUCAAAGACCUCAACAUCAAGCCAUCUCACCAGCAUUAUCAAAAUCACCAAAUACCCCUGCACCACCAAGCCAUACACCAUCAACUACCAAAACUUCAAUUUCAUCAGCUACUCAUGAAUCAAACAACAACUAUGACUGUGGUGUAUGUGUUAAAGACGAUUGUAUUUGCGAAGAAGUUGGUAUCAAACCUCAACCUCAACCUCAACAAAGAUCUUUAUCAGUUAUUGAAAAUUUCAAACCCAUGGCACCUGUUUCAUUGAAAAGAAAACAGAUAGAUGAAGUGGAGAUUGAUUAUACUUCCAAAUUCUCUAAGAAUCCAUCAACGACUAAAAAACCAAUGCCAAAGUUGAAAAAAUUCAAAAAGCAAACAGUUACAACAAGAGCCAAUAGUGUACCGGAUGAAGCUAAAGAAUUCACAAAUGUCUUUGAUAAAAUCACUGAUGAUGACUUUGAAUCGCCAAUGGAACAAUGUGGGUUCUGUUCUGAUGAUUCACCAUGUGUAUGUCGUGAAGCUGCAAAGGAAGCUGCAUCAGCUAUAGCAGAAUUACAGAACCAUCACAAGAGAGAUUCCAUCCAACAAGUUGAAGAUCAAACAUUACCACCUAUCAGAAACGGUUCAAUUUCAACAACAACAAAUAAGAACUCUCAAUCAUCUACAAAAUUACCUGUUUUACAUCCUGGUCCAACAGUGGAAAUUAGUGAAGUUCAUAGAUCUAGUAUUUCAACACCAGCUAACGAACAAGCACCAUCAGCAAAGGAGGAGAAUCCUCAAAAAACUGGUGGUUGUACUGGUAAUCCAGGGACUUGUACACAAUGUCAAAUGGAUCCAAUGUCUACAUUAUUUUGUACAACAAUUGCAAGUAAAGCUGAAGAAGAACAUGAUAAAGAACCAUCAGAAUCAACCACUGAAUCAACAUCUACUUCAGGUUUAAAAAAAGAGGAUAAAAAAUCACCAGUUUCACCACCUCUAUCUAAUGUUUCUUCAAAAGUUUCAAGUCCAUUAACCGUAACUUCCCAGGAGGAAGAGUUGAAUUCAUUGAAGUCUAAAACUGGUACUCCUUCGUCAUCUUCUAGUACGGAUUCCGCUAGCUUGAAUCAACAAAAGGGUAUUUUCAUUCCAUGUGCAGAUGCUUACAAAACUUUGAGUCGUCAUAAAGAGUUUAACUCGGUUGAUUUUAGUACAUUGGUUGGGAAAUUAACAACAAGAGGAAUGCAAGUUGAAGUCCAGAGUGUUGCUAAUGUUUUAAGAGAAUUGGAUAGAAGAUUGUAUAAUUAG